CUCUUAAAAAACAAAAAACAAAGAGAAAACGCGAUGACGAAGUCGUCGAAGAAGAAGAGCCCACGCGUGUUUCCCUUAGAACCGUUAGUCUAAUGGAGUUGUCUAACCUCGUCGCUUCUGAAAUGCGUGCUAUUCUUCAUAACCCUCAACCUAUCGGUCCUGACGGUGCCCCUCAAUGUGCCUUAAACCUACGCGUGGCUUUAAACCUUACAAGUAUGAUAAAUGGUAGCGAACAUCCUAAAGAAGUCGCUAGAUGGAUCGUGGAAGAAAUAGAGAGAGCUGAUGAAUAUAAUUGGACUCAAUCGGUAGUCGCGAUGAAAGAAUAUAAAGAAGGGUCUAAUAGAAAACGAAUGGAACGCUUUCCAUGUCAAGGAAAAAUGCAAAUGAAAAUUGAUAUGCCUGCUGCUGAAGCUAUGCUUGAAAUUCAUCAUGGCAUGCUUCAUAAUAGACCCGUGAUCACUUCAGAAAUUAGUGAAGAAUGUAGAAAAGAGAUUGAAGAAAACGUUCAUUUAAAUCCUAUUCAAUUACGUCAAUUACUCAGAGCUAAAAAUGUUAUGAAAAAUUAUACUCCAAAACAAAUUCAUACUUAUUGGGAAAGAAUCGCUAAUCUUAAAUGUCCAGAAUUAGUCCCCCAAUAUUCCGUUACUCCUGUUGUUUCCGUUGUUCCUAUGUUACCUACUACUGUUGAUGGUACUUAUACUAUGAUACCGACAAUGCCAUAUCCUCCUUUACCUCCUUCCAUGCCUAUGCCAAUUGUCGCCAAUACUUCUCCUUCCACUCCACAAAAAAGUACCGCUGAAAAAAUUUCAAAAGUCGCUAAUCAUACUUUCAAUCAUGAUGAAUUUGCUGAAUAUGCUGCAAAGAUGGAACAGUUUGCAAAAAGAAUCAGGAAUCAAUUGGAUCGUCGGAAUUAUCAUUGGUUAGAUACCGUAAAAAUCCUGACCGCUGGUGUUAUCGAAAUGGAAAAUGAUAUUGAGGAAUUGGAAAGGCAACGUGCUAGCGAAAGGGCUACAAAACCAUGGACAAUUCAUUAUAAGUAA